GGGCAAUGGAAUAAUUGAACCCCGAGAGUACUUCUGGAUAGCCGCAGUAUUACUCACUUCCUCAGCUUCCUUCCCCUCGAAUCCCUCCUCAAGGAUCCUUCGUGCCUGUGGCUUCACACGCCCGCGGGAAAGGCUCAGGAGCUUUUCAGCGAGCUCGGUCCGUGCCCACUGAGAGCACAAGGCGUAGCUUUCUCCAUGGCGACGAGCGAUUCGGAGGAGAAACAGCUUCUGCAGUCCAGAGAGGCGACAGUCUCAGCGGCCGAAGAUUCAUCAUGCAAUUGGGCAGUGAUUCUGGGAACGCUUCUGGCAAUAGGUGCGCUGGUGAGUUUGUUUGUGGUGAUCUUCAGUGCAUUUGUGACCCUUUGGUUGUGGCCAAUCUUGGGGGUUCUUCUCCUCGUUGGUCAUGGCCUACUUCUUUUUGCCGUUGCUGGCUCACAAACAACACUCGCAACGCCGGCAAAGCUCUCUGCCGCAGCGCUCUGCCUUGAAGUCUUGUGCUAUGUCUUCUUGGUGCCGACCUACCUCUUUCGUUCCUUCAUUGUACCCUGGUGGUGGUGGAAUGCUUCAGUGAUCCUGUUCGUACUGCCAGCAUUGAUCUUGCUAUGGGUGACCAUUCGCCAGUCCCUGUGUGGCACAACCGUGGAGAAGUGCUCGGCAGGGGGUCUCGUUGUGAUCUCCCUGGUCAUCCUUCUAGUUGGAGCGCUGCUUCUUGUUGCAGGGAACUUCUCUCCUACCCGGCUCUUGAUGACACUGCCCUCAUCGCGAUUGGUGGAAGAGAUCCAAACAAUUCGUGAUUAUGUGCAAAUGUCCAGUGCUAAAUUGGAUGCGACGGUGGGAUAUGAGAUUUGUGACAUGGCCACCUCCGAGUGUAGCAUGAAGAAGUUCGUCGGUUGGACUGUGGAACUGUCAGGUGGAGCUACUGCUUGCCUAGAUGGAGACUUUGCAUUCGUAGUCUAUCCUGGUGAUCCUGGCAGACUCCUUUUCCAUUUGCAUGGUGGAGGCGCUUGCUGGAACUGGAUGACCUUCCUCCUGGGCAAGUGCACCAAGCAGGCCACCACGAGGCCGACGGGCAUCUUGAACGUGACCAACCCAAAUAACCCCUUCUACAACUGGACCUUGGUUGAUGUGCCGUACUGCUCAGGGGACGUGUUUAGCGGUGCGACGGAGAACUUCUGGAUCAUGCCACAGCAAACGGCCAGUGCUUGGAAGUCUCAGGCAGGAUACGCCAACGUGAACGCGAUUCUGGACUGGGUCAAGGUCCAGUUUGCUGGAGCUGUGCCAGCCUUGAGGACUCUUUCCAAGUUCGUGGUGGCAGGUGAGUCCGCCGGCAGUUUGGGAGUUCAGCUUUGGGCCACUAACCUUCUACGUCGGCUGGAGAGCCACUAUGAGCCUGAGAACACCAUCCUGAUUGGGGAUUCUUUUGUGGGGACCACCCCAGGAGACAUGGAUCUACUUCAACGUCAGGUGAUGGAGUUUUGGGGCGUUUGCCAGUCUGGUGUGGUUCCUGAGGAACUGGAGCCAAAGUGUACACCAGACCGCCUGGUCAUGACAGACUUCCCAGAGACCACCAUGCAGCUGUUCCCCUCAGUCCGCUACAUGAUGAUCAGCAGCAAAUUCGAUCAGGUUCAAAUGGCAUUCGGCGAUCUUGUGAUUCAUUAUGACUACCUAUGGACUGUGCUUUGGAAAGGCCGUGAUAGCAUACCGCAUUUUACCACGAAAACUUUCUACGAGCAACUCAGUGGGUACUUACUGGUAUACUCGGCCUACAAGCAGUUCUCCGCAUACCUCGUGGGUGCCAAACAGCAUACCUACACAAUCUGGCCUCUCUUCUUCAUUCGGAGCACUACUCCUGCUGGGCCAUCUGAUGAUUGUAGCAGCCCAGAUGUGGGGGAGCGUUUGCUCGAUUGGCUCAGCCCGUAUAGUGAGGAGAAGGCACCAUACCAAUGCUACAACACUGAAGAGGACGCCCCAAAUUGGACUGCACAUUACUGCGAUUACCAGUUGCCAUGGCAAGUUGGAAGAUGCGAACCCAGCAACUAGUGAGCGCGGAGUGCAGGUGCUCAUGAGCUGCAAUUGCUCAAGUUCGAGCCAGCGCAGCCGCAGCCUGAUGCAGCACGUUGGUACAGGAAUGUUCCGGAUCGAGGCCGGAGGAAUUCGUGCAGCUAGCUAGACGGAAGCACUGCAAGAUACACUGGGAGCAAUUUAUAGAUUGCAGAUAGGAUCAGCAAUCAAUCGGGC